GACCAGCCGUUGGCUUUGGCGUGAUGCGAAAGAAACUGUCGCUGCUUCCUCUUAGUUGGUUAUGCAUUGUAAUUAAUGACGUUAGUAAAGAUACACAGAUUAGUGCUGAACAAUGUGCGACAAUGCUCCCAAAACACACCAAAGAAAUCCAGAGGAGAUAUGUCUAAAGGAGAUAUGUUUCCAAGCUGUCAGGAAACACUUCGCUGCCCUGUGCACUGAGGCUGUUCUCGAUCUUCCAACACCUCUCAUUCAGGAUCUUCUUCCUCAUCUGACUGUAUGUCAGCUUGAUGAGCUCCAGCCUCCCCUAAACCAGAGAGGGAUAUCAACUCACUCAGGAUGGAUCGGAAUCCUCCAGCAACUGCCUGGAGCUAACCGCGCAAUAGACUUCAACACAGAAGAAGAUGCCAAACAUGAAGUUAUGAGAGUGCUUUUUCCUCUUGUAUUGUAUGGCUAUAAGAAUCUUUAUGUCAACAGAAACAUCACAAAUUUAAACACCCCGUCCUUCUUGUUGGCUGCAGCUAAAUGUGUCAGACAGUUUUUACUCACCACACCAUUUGACAGGUUUAUUGCUGAGCAGUGCCCUCUUCUGAACCUUUUAGAGAGGCGUAUCUGGAGUGUAAAUGUAUCACACAACAUUGAUCUAUCAAAGAGGAAAAUACAAAUUGCGUUGUAUGUCCUCCAUCGCCUGCUAGACCACGGGGUGGCUAAAAAAAUUGUUGUACAUACGCAUUGUCCCAUAGUUCUGGCCUGGCUCCUACAUGGCAGGGGAUCUCAGUAUAUAAACCCUGAGCUGAAGAACCUAAUGCAUAGCAAAAAGGCAGGCUGUUUUUCACAAGCAGCCUCAGCCAGUGCAGACGGUGCCAGUUGCAGUCCAUGUCUUGAGACCAGGGCUUCAGAAGAUCAGGAUGAUCAAGUCACUCCCUGCAAACGCUUCAAGUUGGAUUCACUGUCUGCGGAGGAGGAGGAAUCUGGAAAAGUAAACUCUGCUAUGGACCCGCAGGUUCUCUGUCAAACCUUCACACCGAGUGAUGAUUUCUCAGCAGGGCCUUGUCCACAGGGACAGAUUGAGUGUCUGGAGAUAGGGCAGUGUGGGACCAACUCCCUGAGAGUGCUGAACUCUGCCCUGCCCACAUUUUUCUGCCUUCGCUCUCUAAUUCUUCACAGCUUUGGGACCUUCUGGUGCUCGGUUGUGUUGGGCCUGGCCAGAGCCCUGAAGCAGCUGUCUGACAGCUCCCGCAGCUCUCUCACUGAUCUGAGCAUCAGCAUCCUGCCCCAGACCAGUCUCACAGAGAUCUUGCUGGAUGCAAGCCCCAACAUAACGUCCUUGCACGUGGAGAUCCAGACUGUGAUGUGGGUACCAGGCCUCUUUGAACAUGAUCCCAGGCCUGCAGGGUCAGACAUGUCAGAGCUGUCCCUGGAGAAGCUAGUAAUCAAAGUAUCUGAGCUCCAACAAACAGAUCUGCACCUCGUCACAUCUGUGCUGAGACGCUCUCCACAUCUCACCUCACUUCACGUAGCCGGGAUGAGAUUACCAGCUGGCACCUCUCAGAGUCAACUCCUAACCACUCUCUUAGAGUCAAAUCACUUCUUGAGGAGUCUCAGCUUGGAGGAUAUGAACCUGUCUGAUUGUCUCCCUCAGAUCCUCAGUCUACUGAGAGACUGCAAGUUGGAAGAGCUGCAGCUGAAAGACUGCCGCCUUCUUGAGAAGUGGAGGAACAAGGAGGAGAGUUUGCAGCAGCUGGUGGCUGCUGUGAAGACGGUACCUUCUCUCCACACACUCAGCCUGGCUCAGAAUCGGCUAGCUAGAAACGUGUGUGUGCUGGCAGAACUGUUCUCGGGAUCCUCACCAAGCUCAGUGAAACGGCUCGACAUCAGCUCCAAUUUCAUUCAGCCUGCUGAGCUGCUGGAAUUUGCUAAGAGAUUAAGGACACACCAUCCACCACACCGCUUGACCCUUGACCUCAGGAAAAACCCAGGGGAUCGAGACCCCGACACAUGGAACACUGCACUGAAGAGGCUCCGCCCAUUCUGUGAUCUGCUGGUGGAAGGAUGGAAUUCCACUGACACGAUGGCAGACUACAUCAGUAAUAUGUGAACAAACACACCCUGAUGAAGUGAAAGGUGGCUGUUAAAAGUUAGCCCUUUAUGUAAAGUUUGUCAUUUUCUCUUGAACAGAAGACUGUUUGAAUUCAGUUCAGACAGUCGCAGAUUCCAAUGACAGGUGUUAAUUAAGUUUUAGAGGUUUCUUGAACCACACCUGCAGCAUGACUCACCCCCACUUUCCAUUUGAUGCAGUAUAAUUCUAAACAGUAUGUGUGUGUGUUUACAAACUGUACUGAGCAAUGAGAUGAAAAGCAGAGAAGUGGAUGAAGCUGUAGAAGUGCUUUUACAAGUUCUUAAUUUAUUGAAAUUUUGGUUUUCUAUGAUAACAGUUAUGGUAGAAAAUACAUUGAUCAGCCAAAUAUUAAAACCACUGACAGGUGAAGUGAUCUGAUUGAGCGUUCAUGAGGCAUGUGGGUACCCCAGAUAUACCCCUGAUCCACAGUGGGGCCUCCUUAGAUCACACUUGUCUCUGACCUGUAUAGGCAUGGAAACAGGAUCUCUGUGGGUGUUCUGUGGAAUCUGGCAUUGGAGCAUUGGUGGCAGAUUCUUUGAAUCUUGUGGGUUGUGAGGUAGGGUACCAGCAAAUCCCAAGAAUGUACCAGUGGACUGGGAUCUGGGGCAUUGGACGGUCAACACCUCAAGCUCUUUGCCAUGUUCCUCAGGCCAUUGCUAACCAGCAUGGCACAUUGUCCUGCUGGGGGGGGGUCAGUGGCAUCGGGGAGUGCCGUUGCCAUGAGGGGAGGUAAGUGUUUGGGUGGGUGGAGUGUGUCGAGUUGCAUCCACAUGAACAUCGGGACCCAAGGUUUCCCAGCAGAACAUUGCACUGUAACAAGAUGAUCAAUGUUACUCACUUCACCUGCCAGUGGUUUUAAUAUUUAUGCUGAUCAGUGUACAUUAGUUUUGCAAUUAGUUGUGUGACAUAUUUCAUGACUUCUAUGUAUGUUACAUUCAUGAAAUGUAACCUUUAAUUUGUUCUCUUGUAUCACAGUGCACAGUGUCAGAGUUGGAAAUAAAAGAGUCUCCCAUUAGUUUGA